CAAAAUAGACAUCCUUCUUGUAGACAUAAAAUGCAUAAAACUAUUUUUUGUGAACAUUUAGUUUUGCAUUUGACAUGGGCAACAACAAAAUAAAACGAUGUGAAACAUCUAACCGUUUCCGUCUCAAAUACAUGCGUAAAUAAAACCCACAACAAAUAUGGUGAAAACAACAGCGAUUCCAGCGACCGCCGGCGCGUCGAAUCAGAACCUACCAGCCGAGAGAUGUGCCAUUUUGACGUCGGAAGAGGCCUACGAACUGGGAGUGAGAGCCUUUCCCGACACGAUCGAGUUUCUGGAGACGGAACCCGGCGGUACCUACAGCCGAAAGUUCGGUGUGCAAAACUUACGUGACCACAGCAUCACCGUCAUAAUUCCUAAUGUCACACACACGACGAAGGACCACUACCUGUGCUACCCGCACUACCAGCUGACCAUCGGGGGUGACGGUAAGACCAUCUCCGACCUCGGGCCCGGCCUGGAGCGCACCGCCACGCUCGUCUACACGUGCACCGACUCCGAGCAGAAAAAUGACGUCGCCAAAAUACUCAUUGGCGAGGAGUUCAGCAUCAACAUCCCGAUUGUGUGCUCUCCGGUCCGUCCCGUGCUUUACGCACCGAGCGUUAUCAGCUUCGGCGAGCUGCCGUCAGAUGGCACUCCGAUCGCCCGCCGGCUGACGGUCGAGAACCGCGGCCGGCGCGAGGGCCGCUGGGACAUCGAGUACUCGGGCGCCACGCGGGUGGCGUUCGAGCCGAGUCACGGCGUGAUGGGACCCGGCCAGCGCCAGUCAAUUCGCGUGGAGCUGAUCCCCGAGACGGAGGGCGACAUCAGUGAGACGGCCAGAUUCGUCGGUCAGGAGAUGGACCCUCUGGAGGUGCGGAUCGUGGGUCACGUGACGCGCAGCGCCCUGCACCUGCUGGAGCCGGCUAGUCGGCAGCCGCUGCGGCUGGUGGACUUUGGUGCCGCCUAUUACGGCACGCGUCACCAGCGGAGGGUGGUGCUGCACAACGCCGGUGUGCGGCCCAUAUGUUACUCGGUCACCUGGUCACCGCACCAGCCCGGACAGGAGGUGGCAGUGGACCUGACCCAGUGCCACCUGGCGGCGGUGGCCGACAACCGCACAGAGGACGUGCGUGUCACAGGUCGCUGCGACCCGCCCGAGCUCUGCUUUCACGUGGAGCCGGCCUUCGGCAAGAUCGCAGCCAAGGGCGAGCAGCUGCUCACCAUCGACUUCACCCCGCGGGCGUACCCACCGGAGAAGGGCUUUACCAGUGUGUACCGUUCUCCGCCGAGACGCGACUACUGUCUCUUCCUCACUAUCGAGCCGUCUAUCGCCGACCUGCAGCAGAACCUCGAAUUCGGCAGAGUCUACCUGGGCGUGCGGGCCAUGUCGCUGCCGGUCAUGUUCGACUUUGAGCCCAAGCAGGCCCACUUUCCUGAGACUCGUCCCGGCAAACGCAUCCUGAUGCCGUGCAAGCUCAUCAACCAGUCCAAGGUGCUCCCGCUCCGCUUCACGUUUAGCGACAUUGCUCACUUUCGGGCCAGCUGCAACAAAGGAGUCCUGAAACCGGAGGAGACGAGAACGAUGCACAUUUUGUGCAAGCCCACUCAGAUAGGUCCGCUGUGGCGGUACAUUCAGCUGGAGCUGCUCGGGGUCGACACGGGGGUGAGCGCCAGCGCCGAGACCGAGCCGUCAUCCGACACUGAGCCUCGUCUGCUGGUCUCGGCGCGACUGCGCGUCUCCACCUACUGCGCUCCCAUCACGCCGCAGAAGAAGCCGCUCUUCGUGCCCGGCAUCACGCCGCUGUGGGGUCACAACGAGAUUGGUCUGAACGCGGAGUCGCUGCAGCGGCCGUGUGCCGCGGCGCCUGUCGGCACUUUGGCCGGAGUGCGCACCACCAAACACCGCUGGGUGCGCUGGGCGUCCGUGAACCAGCAGGAGCGCUGCUUCGUGGCGCUGCCCAACGACCGGGCAGGCAGCAUCCGGCCCUACCACGGCCCAUCGCCAGUCAGGUCGAUAUUCACGGGCCAGCCGCGGUACACGUACCUGGACCCUUCGUACCAGUACACUGCUGACGAGUGGCGGCACAUCCUGCUGAACGAGGCCCGCUACCAGGAGUACAUCGACCGCUGUCACAUGGAGAGGUGGCUGCAGCAGGCCGAGCUAGACCGGGCGCUCUACGACGGGCAGGAAGACGACAAGCUGCUCAACAGGACCGCGAGUCAGUUUCUGGGCGCCGAGUUUGCGCGUCUUCUGCGUCAGUGGAGCACCGUCUGUAGCCGUGAGAGACGCCGUCUGCUGAGGCUCCAGGCCAGCGGAGACGGACCGCCAGUUCAGGGAUUGAAUGUUGUUGAAGAAGACAGUCUUUCCAGCGGUCACGCAGGUAUGGAGGUUCUCGAAAAAUUUGACGAUAAGCCCAAAACAAUGGAGAUCAAGAAAGCGUGCGAACGUGAGCUGACCUGCGUCGAAAUCGCAAAAGUGAAAAUAUCAAACAAGCUGCUGAAAUUCGGCGAGGUGGCGCAGGACGUGUGGGCGUGCCGCACCCUGGACGUGUGGAAUCCGCUGGACGGUCACGUGCUGUUCCGUCUGCACGUGGACUGUCGCGAGCUGGAGAACACGAGUCCGACGUCAGCCGUGGUGCCCCCGCGCUCGGCCGUCCGGCUGCCGGUCAUCUUCCAGUGCAGCACCAAACGCGAAUACAGACGCGUGAUAAAGUACUCGAUCAACGGCACAUGUCUGGACAGCGUGCUGGUGGUGGCUACGGUGGUGAGGAUGCGGCUCGACAUCUCCACCACCAGGCUGCACUUCAAGUGCGCCAACCUGACGUCCAUCUCCCCGGGCGUCUACCAGAUGGUCGUGGUGCUACGUAACUCGCUGAACGGCGUCGGCGAGUACCGCUGGCGCCAAGAGGGUGGCGACCCGGACGACGUGUUCAGUCUGCGGCCGGCGCACGGCGUCAUCGACCCCUACCACAGCCAGCGCUGCGUGGUCACCUUCCGACCGAGCGUGCGUCUGCGACAGCCGCACACGGCCACCUUCGCCUGCCACGUGACUGGAGGCGACACGCUGACGCUGGCGCUGACCUCCGAGCUCGGCACGCCGCGCCUGCGGCUCACCGACGACCGCCUCCAGCUGGAGAACCUGCCGCUCUACCAGGUGAAGCGGUGCCAGGUGCGACUCUAUAACGCUAGCCUGGUGGACGCGUUCUUCUCGCUGGCCGAGCCGAGGCCAAUGCCGGGAAUCGUGGUGUUCCCGUCAGAAGGAGUGGUGCCGGCCGGCGGAUCGGUGGCGCUGCACGUUACCCUGGUGCCUGUCUCACUAGCGCGCUUCGACUGUCCAGUGCGACUUCACGUGCGCGAUGGCCAGGCGGUGACGCUGGGUAUUAGUGGGCGCACCGAGGCGCCUGAUCUCGCAGCCGACUGCGGUGCUCUCUACUUUGGCGGCGUGCACUGUGGGAGUUCCGCCAGCCAGGUGUUCCACCUGGAAAACCGCAGCCGCAUCCCGGCCACGCUGUCGGUGGACCUGCGCGAUCACGACGAGUUCUCGCUGGCCGGGCCUCUGGAGGCCGGUCGUGACCAGGCAGUCCAGCAGGAGGGCGACGGCAGAUACCUGGUGCGCUGCGGUGCCGGGCAGACUGUGGCCGUCAGCUGCCGGUUCGCGCCGCGCUUCCUGGCCAACCACGGCUUCGUGCUGGCGCCGCUGCUACACGCGCCGCCUGAAGUCAGGGAGCUGGGUAUGGCAGGGCGGCCGUCGGUGCUGACUGCGUCCAAGGCGGAUCGGCUGGCGCAACCGCGGCGUGGCGGUCAGGCGGCUAACCGCUCGGAGGCCGUCAUCGCACUGCCCUCGCUGAAGGUGAUCGCCACGGCUCUGCGUCAGCCGGUGCUGCUUACGCCGCAGACAGUCCGCUUCUCUAUCGGCGCCGACCUGCUGGAGCGCUGCUUCAAGGUCACCAAACGCGUUCGCAUCGCCAACAACCUGAAUCGCACCGUGCGUGUGGUGAUCAACGCCAAGUCCAGCGCCUGCUUCCGCGUGGGCAGCGCGGAAGCCCCACCGCCGCGUGGCCUCAUCGAACGUGACCUGGAGGUGGGCGGAGAGCUGAAGGUGCCGAUCGUCUUCACGACAUCUUACUUGUACCCAACGCACCCGACCACGGUGCGCGCCCACCUGCCCGUCUACGUGGACACUCUCGACCAGCCGGCCGUCACGGUCGACAUUGAGGCCGAGUGUCGACCCACGUACCUGACGGCGUCUCCACGCUCCAUCUACCUGGGGGCCGUGCCACUGGGCAUGACCGUCAACUCGGAGCUGACCAUUGUCGGACACGACUACCAGCAGCCGGACGAGCUCAGCGUAUCCAUCAGUUACGUGGAGCUGCAGCCGUCCGGCACACAGGACCUGCCGAGCAUCACGUGGCGGUUCCCUCAGAGUGGUCGUCUGGUGGGCGGCCGGGCGCAGCAGCAGGUACCGCUGAUGGUGCAGUUCAGCGCCGUGCGACCCGUCUCCGUGUCGGCGCGCCUGCUGCUAACGGACCGCGCCGGCCGCUCCGUCAGCGUGCUGCUGCUGGGCGCCGCCGAUAACUGCCUGCUCACCACCUACUCGUUCCUCAGCCUGCACCCGGAGGGCUACCAGGAGUGGCUGGCGCUGCAGGGCACUCCUCUGGAGGUGGCCGACGAGCCCGACUCGGGCCGUCAGACGGGCGGGCCGCCGGCGCUCUCGGCCGCCUCGCUGGAGCACGCCGCGGCGGCGGCGGUCCGCUCCGGCUCGUCCGUCUCCUCCGACCAGCUGGAGAUGGACCAGCUGCCGAUGGACGUGCAGCUGCCGAGCGGCUCCACCACAGAGUUCCCCAGGUUUCCGGCGGCAGGACCCGUGCAGACCUUCUUCCAGGCCACGUAUGAUGCCAUUGAAGCGUGGUUCAUCAACUUCGGAUUCCCAAGUGGACCGUUCCCAUACAACCUGUUCCUUCACUUGCCCGAGUGCAUGGGUCACGAAGAGAACUCGAGCCGCUUUUCUAAAGAGGAGAAAGCUCAGGCUCAAAUGUGGCAGACUUUCGGCGAGUCAGUCGCAUAUCUCAGUAAUAAGAAGAUUCCCAACUAUAACAUCGAGGACAAUGCCGAUUCGGCCGAUGGAGCUAGCACGAUCUUAUUUUACAUCAAGAGAAACAGAGCGGUUUUGGACUUCCUGAAAAAGGAGGGCGCCUUGCUGGCACACGUACGACCCGAAUUCAUGCUGCGAUACGAGGAUUUCCUUAUCCUUCUCCAAGUGGUGGAGGAAAUCCAAGAAAGCGUGGGCUCCAAGCUUGACAUGGCCUUCAACGGAUCUUCGAUCGAGGCCGGCAUCUCGGCGGGGAACCUCCCAUCCAAGCAAUCGUCAUUAGAGGACACGUCGACCGUGGCGUCGCUGCAGGACGUGGCUCGCCACCUCCUCGACCCAAACAUCGUGCCGAUCUACGGCGCCUUCCGUGACGAAGGCCAGUUCCGCGACAUGGCCAAGGCCGCCUGGCUGGACAUCCUGCUGCAGACGUUCCGCCGCUUCAUUCUGCAGACGGUGGUGAAGCUGUCUUCUGUCGGCUUCUGGCCGGAGAUGGCCGACAGCGACGCCCGCUACAUGCCCCGCGCCAUCGACCCGCUGGAGAGCAACAUCUACAGCGUGCCGGAGCGGCUGCUGCUCGCCUGGAUGACGUGGUCGUACAACAGCCAGCUGCGCCGCCUCUGGGACGCCGACGGAACCGAGGACCGCUGUAUCACCAACUUUGACACCGAUCUGGAGGACGGCGUGGUGCUGUGCUCGCUGUUCGCCUCGCACUGUCCUUUCUUGCGCGACCACCUGCGCCAGGAGGUGUACGCACAUCCCACCACACCCGAGCAGGCCUUCCACAACUGCGUGAUCGUGGCGGAGAGCUGCGCUCUGCUGAACCUGGACACCCGGCUCGACCCGACCUCCAUCAUGGACGCCAACCCUGUGGCGCUUCUGAUUCUGGUCACAGUGCUGUACGAGAAGCUACCGCUGUACUGGCCGCGUGAGGCGAUCCAGUUCCGACCCGAGCUGGGCUCCAGCCAGACGCGGCAACUUACCAUGCGCAACACGAGCAGCCGACCAGUGACGUACGAGGUGAAACUGCUCGGCGCCGAGAAGGGCGUGUUUCAGGUACAGGGUGGCGGCACGGAGAUCAUCAUCGGUCCGCGACGGACGCUGGACGUCACCGUCCAGUGCAGCGUCCAUCGCAUCAAACAGUACGCAGCCACGCUGCUGCUGUGCCCGAAGUCGUGCCAGACGCCGCGGCCCCGUCCGCUGGUGUACCCGCUGGCCGGUGGCCCGCUAGGCGCCGCCGCUCCGGCCAUCGUCGAGGUCGUCUCGCCGCUAUACAGCUGCCGCAACGUGCGUGUCGAGAUGCCCAAUCCUCUGCGCGAGUCCGGCGACUUCGAGGUGCGGCUGACGGACAAGCCGCAGGGCGAGCGCGACCUGGACACCUGGCUGCGCAGCGGCGUCGACGCCUUCCCGGCCAUGGUGCUGCCACAGACGGUUACGCUGCGCGCGCGAGGGAAGUCCCGCGUCGACGUGGAACACAUGCCGUGGGUGGCGCGCGCACGUGACUACUACGCGCUCUUCUCGAACGCGAAGCUGGGCGACUUCACGGUGUGUUUUCGCUCGGCACCGGCCGACCCGGAGCCGUUCGCGACUGUGAAGCCGGCUCACGGCUGGCUGACGAGCCUGAAGCAGACGCGAUGGGGCGGAGUGUGCGCCGAACCGUCAGCGGGAGCCACGCCGCUGGUCCGCCGGCAGGUCAACCUCUCCGGAGCACUGAUACAGGUGGGCUGCCGCGACGGGCCCCAGUCGGACCUGGAUGAUGCGCUGCAGACCGCGGGUCCGCCGCCGGAUGGUAUCUCUGCAGCCUGGGUGAUGGCUGCCGAUGAGGUGCUCUGCGUACACUGCCACCUGCUGGUCGACCUGAGCACCAAACUGCGAGACUUUCUCGAGCAGUGCGCGCCCGCCUGGGAGAGCGAGAUUGAACGGGAGAGGAGACAGCUUAACGGCACGCAAGUGUCUACCGAAAUGAUGCAACAAUUCCAGACUGCGAAAUACUCGGCAGCCGUCAAGACCGUCACCAUAUCUUGCAACAAGAGAGUGCCGACACCAGACCUUCCCGAGCCUCCUCCCGGCUAUGUCGCUUAUCAAGUCCUGUCACGAAAGAAGGAGCUUCUCAUAUCACCAAAGUCCAUUCAAAUGGAAGGUACCGCCGGCACCAAGUCAGUGCCGCUGUGUCUCAGCACCUCAGCGCUGGAGGUCGGCUGGCACGGGGCCGACAUUGUGCUGCGCAGUCCGAAGUACGGGGACGUGGUGACGGCGCGGGUGGCGGUACUGGUGACCCGACCCGACCCCGCCGCGGACCGCCGCCAGUGACUGCAGACGCUGACACAACCUGGCUACCUGUCGCCCCAGAGAGGUGCUGUCCGGCAUUACCAUUGGGGUGAUGGUUGACGCUGUGGCUGAAGGGAGAAAUGUCACAGCGCACACUUGUGCGAACUACGUUAUCAAUAGAGAUGACGCUACAAUCUGCAGUGUAAUAAAAUCGUACUCCUAUUUUUACAA